AUGAGUCGAAUUUAUGAAGAUGGAUGUAAGAAGUGUUUUUACGAUGUGCGGAAGAUGAACGAAAUAUUUUCACCCUCACAUGAACAUUCUCACGGUGAAUUGGAAACGCAAAUCACUUUGGGAACGAAUGCAAUUUCGAAUGAUAAAGAAAUGACUAAAGUGGCGACAACUCGGCAGCUUGGAGACAAUGAAAACAUUUUCACGCUACAAGCUUCAAAGUAUCCAGGACGUGAUGUUGCGGUCGAAGUAAAAUUAAGAAUCUUGGCAUUUUAUUUACCAUUUGUAAAUAAGAGAAAGCCAGGAAAAGUCUUUGAAGUUUCACAAAUGAAACUAAGGUUUUGUCAUGGGAACAUCAGCACGUGUAAUGAUCGCAGCUUUGAAAAGGCGGUGCUUAGUACGCAAAAGCGUUGA